AUGGGUGCGGAACUUGCUACCUCCGUCGCAUCGAAUCUUGUGUCAAAACUCGGGGAGUACCUGAUUGCUCCCAUUGGACGCCAAUUUGGGUACGUGCUGUACUACAAGAGCUACGUCGAAGAUCUCGAAAAUGGAGUCAAGGAGCUGAAGACUGCACAGGAGAGGGUGGAGCACUCCGUCGAUGAAGCCGUGUAUAACGGAAAACCCAUACACAAGGAUGUUGAGAAUUGGCUGAAGAGUGUGAAGGAGGAGACUGAGAAGGCAGAUAACCUGUUAAAACAUAACGAAAGUGCAAAACAUGCUUGCUUCCGUGGGUGGCUCCCCAACCCUGUGGUGCGCCAUCCAAUUGGCAGGAAGGUGAAGAAGAUGACUCAAGUCAUUCAGGGUCUCCAUGACAAAAGCAAUAACAGUAUCUUCCGGAAGGUCUUUUAUGAGAAUACUCCCAUAGGAGUCGUCACUGCUACCACUUCUGCUGCAAGAUCUAUUCUCAGGAAUGAAGAUGUCUUGGAGUCGAGGGCUUCAAUCACAGAGGAUGUAAUGAAGGCUAUAGCUGAUGACAAGGUGCAUGUGAUUGGAGUGUAUGGACCAGGGGGGGUUGGUAAGUCCAAGCUUAUGGAGGACAUAGAAAAGCGAGUUAAGGAAGAGCAGCUAUUCAAUGUGGUUGCCACGACAAAUGUAUCACGCAAUCCAGAUCUAAAAAGAAUUCAAGGAGAAAUCGCUUAUGCACUUGGUCUGAAGCUAACAAAUGAGGAAACUACUCGUGGAAGAGCAAAUCUUUUGUGCAAGAGGUUGGAGGAAUAUUCUGAAAAAAAGAUUCUCAUAAUUUUAGAUAAUUUGUGGAUGAAGUUAGAGUUGAAGGAAGUUGGAAUCCCUUGCGGAUAUGAUAAUAAAGUAAGAGGUUGCAAGCUAUUGCUAACAUCUAGAGAUCGAUAUGUUUUGUACACUGAGAUGGGGUCUGAUCAAGAAUUUCCACUCAAUGUGUUAGAGCAUGAAGAAGCACAAAUACUCUUUGAAAGGAUAGUGGGGGAUAAAGUUAAGGACCCUCAAUUUAAGAGUUUGGUGGAUGGAGUGGUCAAGAAUUGUGGAGGCUUGCCUCUUUUGGUUCUCUCGGUAGCAAAAAGGUUGAAGCGAGGAGAUUUGCCUGAAUGGAGGAAUGCUUUGACCAAUAUAGAAGGGUUGAGUAUAAAAUCAAUAGUGGAACUAAGUUACAAUGACUUAGAAGAUGAGAGGAUCAAAUCAUUGUUCUUGGUUCUUGCUCUACACUUUGGAAGAUGUGACAUAAGGGAUACCCUUAUCUACUGCAUGGGUUUGGGUUUACAUAAAAAAUUCAGCAAGACCAUGGAAGACGCUAGAGAUAGGUUAAUUAUGGAUCUACGCCGCCUGCGUGACUCUUCUUUGUUGCUAGGCAGUGAUCUGGUAUGGUUGAGUAUGCAUGACUUAUUUAUUGAUGUGGCCAUCUCUAUGCGUGACAAAUUUAUUGACACGGAAUGGAACGCCUUGGUCGGGAGAAAGGAUUCAGGGUUUAAAGAGUGGUCGAAAAAUGAUCUCAGAAAAUGCACCGCAAUGGCCUUCAAUAAUGUUGGCAUUGAUGAACUUCCCGAAAAAUUGGACUGCCCAAACAUGAGAAUUCUUCUGUUAUCAAAAGACAAUCGAUCUCUCAAUAUGCCCGAGUCAUUUUUCGAAUCUACGGAGAAGCUCCAAGUCUUGGACUUGAAUGGCUUAUCUUUUACCUCCCUACCUUCGUCGAUGGAGUUACUUAAAAACCUCACGUCACUAUGUCUUGAUUCAUGCCAUUUAGAGGAUGUGACUGCUCUUGGAAAGCUGAAAGGAUUGCAGUUCCUCAGUUUUUGUGACUCUACAAUUGCUCGGCUGCCCAAAGAAGUGGGUGAACUAACAGAAUUGAGAUUUUUGGACUUGACAAGUUGUUCCAUGCUCAGAGUCAUUGAACCUGGCGUGCUUGAAAGCUUGGUUGAAUUAGAAGAAUUGUUUAUGCAAUACAGUUUUGAUCGUUGGGAGGCCGAAGAUGAAACCACUCGAAGCAACGCUAGCCUAGCUGAGUUCAAGAACAUGAAUAAGUUGAGCACUUUAUACAUUGCCAUUCCUUGUUCAGCCAGUAUCCCAGGAGACCUGCCAUUUGGGAAACUAAAUAAGCAUCGAAUCGAAUUGAAGCAUCUUUACGUACAAAAUAGCCCCUCAAUUCAGUACGUCGUUCACUCCGAGAAUAUCCAGUGCACCGCAUUUACAAGUUUAGAAUCGUUGUUUCUCAAGAAUCUAAACAACUUCGAGAAGAUUUUUCACGGCCGUCUUGCCCUAGAAUCCUUUAGCAAAUUAAAGAUUGUGAAAUUGGAUAAUUGCGGUGAAAUCAAACAUUUGUUUCAUUCGUCCCUGAUGAGAAUAUUCUUGCAGCUAGAGGACAUUAAAAUAAGUAGAUGCUACUUGAUAAAGCAAAUUAUUACAGAUGCUAAGGCAGAUGAAGUUGGAGAUGAAAUAGAUGUUGAUCCCCAAGUGAAGUCAUGCAAUUUGCGUAGGCUAACAUUACAAAACUUGCCGGAGUUGAGGAGCUUCUAUAAAACCAUGGACCAUUCAGUUGUACUCUUCGAAAGACAACAGCUAAUAAGGCUGCAGAACCUGGAAGCUAUAACGGUUGAAAGAUGUCAAUUAAUACGGGAAGUAUUUGACCUUGAAGAACUGACGACUAGUGGGGAUGUCAAGAUUCUAUGGCAAUUAACUACAUUAACCUUGGGUGGCUUACCAAGGUUGGAACGCAUAUGGAACAAGAAUCCAAGAAAAGCAUUGUGUUUCCGAAAUUUAAAGACACUGAAGGUGCAAAAUUGCGAGAGCCUAAGGUUUCUUUUUUCUUCUUCCAUGGCUAAAGCACUCGUGCAGAUAAAAGAAAUAGAAAUAGUGAGUUGUGCAAUGAUGGAGGAAAUUGUGUAUGUGGAAGAAGAAGAAUUAGAGGAAGCUAUGACCACCGACACUAUUGAGUUUCCUCUGUUAACCUCCUUGUCUCUUGAGGAAUUGCCAAAACUCAAGACAUUCUCAUAUGGAAAGUAUUAUAUCCACUGUCUAUCCUUAACAAGAUUGACAAUAUCCAGGUGCCCCAAAAUGAUGACAUUUUCUUCAUUCAAAGGAAGACAACAAUCGAUGACAGUUGAUACAGGUUUACAACAAGCAUUUGGUUGUAUCAACUCUAGCUUGUCCUUGCCUGGCUUCUUCAAUGAAAAGGUUCUUUUUCCAAGCUUGGAGAAAUUGAAGCUUUCUUCCAUGUGCCAAUUAAAGAGGAUAUGGCACAAUCAGCUCCAAGGACAAUCCUUCUACAAACUUGCAUCCCUCACUGUUGAACUUUGUGAAAAUCUUUCAUAUAUUUUUCCGUCAAAUUCAAUGGAUAUGUUGCAGAGCCUAAAUAAAAUUAAGGCAACCGAGUGUCCAUCCUUGGAAGCAUUAUUUGAACCAAUAAGUCUCAGUGCUGAGAAAAGGCAAAAGCCAUUGGUCCUACUUGCAUUAAGAGAAUUGACGUUGUUGAAUCUAUCAAGGCUAAGAGACAUUUUGAAGAGUGACUGCAAGGUCACCUUGGCAUUUCCUAGUUUGAUGGAAGUGAAAGUGAGGGAUUGUCAUAGUUUGCCAUAUCUCUUCUCAAGUGCCACGGCCGAAACUCUCAAUAAACUUACGGUCCUUGAUGUUUCCUGUUGCAAUAACCUACAGGGCAUAAUUGCAAUGGAAGAAAUAAAAGGAAAACCUUAGAGACUUUGAAGUUCCAUAAAUUAAGCACAAUCAAGCUUGAUGACCUUGAGAAUUUGAUUAGUUUCCACUUGGCGAGUUGUGCUGAUGAUGGGUUACAUCCUCUAUUUGAUGAGAAGGUUCUUUUUCCAAGCUUGGAGGAAUUGAAGCUUUCUUCCAUGUGCCAAUUAAAGAAAAUAUGGCACAAUCAAAUCCACACAGUCCUUCUGCAAACUUGCAUCCCUCACCAUUAAACUUUGUGAAAAUUUGUCACAUGUUUUUCUGUCAAAUAUAACGGAUAGGUUGCCGAGUCUAAAUAAAAUUGAGGUGGCCAACUGUCCCUCCUUGGAAGCAUUAUUUGAACCGGUAAGUCUCGGCUCUGAGAAAAGGCAAAAGCCAUUGGUCCUCUCUACAUUAAGAGAAAUGACAUUGUUGAAUCUAUCAAUGCUGAGAGACAUUUUGAAGAGUGACUGCAAAGUAACCUUGGCAUUUCCUAGUCUGAUGGAAGUGAACGUGAGGUGUUGUCACAGUUUGCCAUAUAUCUUCUCAAGUGCCACGGCUGAAACUCUCGAUAAACUUGUGGUCCUUAAUGUUUCCUGUUGCAAUAACCUGCGGGGCAUAAUAGCAAUGGAAGAAGGAAAAAGGAAAACCGUAGAGACAUUCAAGUUCCCUCAUUUAACCAAACUCAAGCUUGAUGACCUUAAGAGUUUGAUUUGCUUUAGUUUAGGUUGUGCUGGUGAUGGGUUACAUCCUCUAUUUGAUGAGAAGCUUGCAUUUCCAAAGUUAGAAGAACUACACGUUGAGGGAGUUCAACAGAAAGAAAUAUGGAAUGAUAAAAUCCAUGUGGAAUCAUUUUGUCUUCUAAAGGUCCUUAAGGUGAAGCAGUGUCACAACCUAAUGAAUGUGAUUCCACCAUCCAUGUGGAAGAGGCUGCUUCACUGUAUGGAGUCCUUGACAGUUGAGAAGUGCCAACGUUUGAGAAACCUUUUUACAAUGUCUAUGGCAAAAAGUCUAGGACAACUCCAAUACCUAGGUCUUGGUGGUUGUGGAGAGAUAGAGUAUAUUGUCGCCAAGGAAGAGGAGAAACUUGAAGAAGCAGCCGACAAAAUUAUAAUUCCUCAACUUGUUACUCUGUAUCUUCACAACAUGCCAAAACUCAGAAGUUUCUACGAAGGGAAGCAUAUUUCAGAGUGGCCCUCCUUGAAAGAGUUUACUAUUGAAGAUUGCAAAGCUGUGAAGGUGAUUCUCGGAGAUGUUAGUUGUAGAAAAUUGGAGGGUAGUGUUCCAACACAUCAACCACUUUUACUCGUUGAAAAG